UUUUUCUUUUUCCAGGGGCAAAACUCGUCAGCCUGAUCCAAUGUUCCGUGCAAUGUUCCCACAGGGAGACGGUCCGCGAGAGCUCUUAGACAAAAAGAUAAAGGAUUAUAGCGACAAGGUGGAGCAUGUGCAAGCGUCUAGUCUGAUCAACGAUGUUGCUACUGCCAAGAGCUCCGAGCCUGUAGGAACUGGGCCAACUGGCAAGACGGUGUCUCUGAUCACAGGUUCUUCGAGCUCCACGAAGCAGCCUUCGGUUGCUACCCCUGAUCCACCUGUUGCCGUGAAACAGCCUCGACCUCUGGGCUUACGAUAUACUUUUCUCGGUGCUAGUGGCGUCUUGUUGUUCUUGAUUUGCAUGCUUCUCUGCUACGAGCAAUGUUGCCAGUCGCCGCACUAUUGAUGAGAGGAGUUGUCGCUGCCCGGAGGAUGUUCGGAUGUUGUAGAUAUGUUCAUAAAUAUAUAUUUGCUUCCUAUACCCUAUCACACUGUAUUGGCCUAUUGUGUGUAUUUGGCAUUUGUGCCCAUAUAUAAAUCUCUGUA